AUGUUUAAACAGAAUAUUGUAUUAUGCAUAGUACUACAGAAACUUCUACUUCUACUAUUUGUACUACCGCAUUUGACGUUUUGUUCAAACUUGUUUGAUAACUACACUUGGGUUGAUCUUGACAACUCAUUUACAGCCACGGGAAUCCUCAACCGGGGAAAGCAACAAAAAUUGAACAACAACAACAAUAACGCACAAGGUAACUCGAAACCACAUACCAUCUAUUCGAUAUGGUCAAUUGAGGACUUGCAACACAAGCAUAUAGAUAAACUACGCAAUGCAAACAAUAUUUUCUUUAUUAAAAAUACCAAUAGCUCUCUACAGUUUGACCAGCAGUCUAAAUCUUGGAUUGAAAUUUGUAAAAAGAAUGCAAAAGACAAAACAUUCAUCCAGACACUCGACAAAUGGAUUCCCAUCUCAUCGUGUCUUGAGUCCAUUCAUGGUAGUGGUGCACAGAUCAGUAGGGUUGUGAGUUUUCAUAUUGCGGCAAACAUGGAUACUGGAGUAGGUGUUGCAACCAAUUUCCCACCAAUCGCCGUUAUUGCUAAUGCCGGAUUGAAUUUGGCUUUAGGGGUCAGGGUAGGUAUAUCAAAUUUAGUAACAGUUUCAUUUAGCUGCACCAUCAACACUGGCGAAAUAGCUCAAUUUUUCAUAAAACCAAUGUAUGUCGUGAUACCAGAUUUAAAGACUAUAAUGUACAAAUUGAAAAAGGGGAGAUUGCACAAAGUGAAAGUUGAAAAUAUAAGCUCAUUUAGGAUGCUAAAUGCCGAAACACCUGAACAUCAAUGUUGGGUGAGCAAAGACGUGAAUGACUUGCAAUGUACAACACAAGAUGUAGAUAAAAUUGAUAUUGAUCUUUGA